AUGAGCGACACGGAGGACGAAACCGCCGCGGCUCGGCUGGCUGCUAUGUCGGCUGCUGCGGCUGCGAUUGCGAAUAAUGCUGCUGUUGUUGCUGCGCCGGUUCCACCCAAUUUUGCUAUGGAGCCGUUCGAUAAGGAAAAGUGCAAGUGGGCGAGAUGGGUGAAACGCUUGGAAGGCAGUUUUCGAAUGUUUACGGUGCCGCCCAAUCGCCACAAGGAUUAUCUACUUCACUAUAUGGGGACCGCGACGUAUGAUUUACUCUGCGAUCAUAUGGGUCCUGUCGAGCCAGAAACCAAAACAUACACCGAGAUCGUGAACAUUUUGGGCGCAUUUUUCGAUCCUGAGCCACUCGAGAUGGUUGAAGUUUGGAAAUUUCGCAACCGGCAUCAAAGAGAAGGUGAAUCCAUGAAGGAGUUCGUGACGGAGCUACAGCGCGACGCAAAGUUUUGCCAAUUCGGAAACUACCUGAACAAGGAACUUCGGAAUCAGCUGGUCUUCGGUAUGCGAUCGAAGCGGAUUCGAUCGCGGUUAAUUGAGGAGAAAGCUUUAACGUUCGAGAAGGCGGUGGACAUUGCGCUCUCAAUGGAAGCGUCUGGUGAGGGCGCGGAGCUUUUCGACAAGCGUCCGCAUGAUGUCAACUACACUGAGAGGCGGUCACCGAAGGUAACUAACAUUACUAAUAAGAAAUGCUACCGAUGUGGAAGUGGGGCUCACUUGGCGAACGCUUGCCGUCACAAGGACACUGUUUGCAGUUUCUGCAAGAAGUCCGGGCAUUUGCAACGAGUGUGCCUCAAGUUCCAAUCGCAGGGGGGACAAUCUAAACAGAGUAACGAUAACAAAGAAACAAAAACGAAAAAGAAAAUGCAUACAAACUUGAUUAAUGAGGGGAAUUGUACUGAAGAGGAAAGGGAAGAUGAAGAAACAGAAGUCGAUGAGGUCCUAACUCUUGAGAUUUGCAAGGUUGAAAAAUCAAAGUCUUUGUCGAAAGUUAUCCUACCGUUGAAUGUAAACAAAAAGAUCAUCAAAUUUGAGGUCGAUUGCGGCUCUCCCGUUUCACUCAUGAGCCUUAACGACAAAAAGACGUAUCUGAAUGAACUGCCGUUGCUGAAUACUGACGUGGAACUGAUAAGCUACUGUGGAGGUAAAAUCGAGGUUUGUGGGUAUGUGAAAGCGGAGGUAAAACACAACGGUCAGACGGCCGCGAUGCGGUUGUUUGUCGUUAACACGGAACGUCAUCCUUUGCUUGGCCGUGAGUGGAUGCGGGAACUGAAUGUUGAUUGGAACAGUGUCAUUCGUAACCCAGAGUCUUGCGUGGGGGCUAUUGCGGUUCGUAACUCUAGUAAGGGGUUGUCUACUGCCGUGGGUGAUUUGAUUGAAAGUUUUCCCCGGGUGUUCGAUUCGUCUGUGGGCACUAUUCGCGGCGUCAACGCUACUCUACACCUCAAACCGAAUAGCAAACCGGUCUUUAUGAAGGCCCGUACAAUUCCUUUCGCAAUUCGUGAUACUGUAGAACGUGAAAUUAAGAGCAUGGUGGAUGCCGGCAUUCUGGAAAAAGUGGAACGAAGUGCGUGGGCGACUCCAGUUGUACCGGUAAUGAAGUCAGCAGAUCGAGUGCGUUUGUGCGGAGACUACAAGGUGACGAUCAACAAGUGUCUUCUGGUUGACGAGCAUCCCUUACCAACUAUCGACGAGUUAUUUUCGAAUAUGGCCGGGGGGCAGAAAUUUACUAAGCUGGAUCUGGCGCAGGCUUAUCUGCAAAUGGAAGUUCGCGAAGAAGACCGGGAGCUCCUAACCUUGAACACACAUCUUGGCCUCUACAAACCAACCCGACUAAUGUAUGGAGUGUCGUCGGCGCCGGCUAUUUUCCAGCGGGAGAUUUCGCAGUUGCUUGGUGACAUUCCCGGAGUCUCAGUGUUCCUGGAUGACAUCAAGGUGACUGGUCCGGAUGACGAAACGCAUCUGCGUCGGCUGAAAAUGGUGCUGCAGCGGUUAAAUGAACAUGGUAUGCGGUUGAAUGUGGCAAAGUGUGAAUUUUUUGCGGACCGCAUCGAGUAUUGCGGAUUUGUCAUCGAUCGUGAAGGAAUCCGGAAGAUGAAGGCUAAGGUGGACGCUAUUCAGGAGAUGCCGAGACCAUGCAACCGUGAGCAGGUUCGGGCUUUCGUUGGCUUAAUAAACUAUUAUGGCAGGUUCAUGCCGGCUUUGAGUACGCGGAUCUAUCCUAUUAACAACUUGCUGAAAGAGAAUGUUCCAUUCAAGUGGAACGCGGACUGUGAGGAGGCGUUCCUGUGGGUCAAAAAGGAGAUGCAGUCGGAUAGAGUUUUGGCGCACUACGAUCCAAAACUCCCACUCGUAUUGGCAACCGAUGCCUCUCCUUACGGUGUUGGUGCGGUGUUAAGUCAUCUGUAUCCGGAUGGUACAGAACGACCAAUUCAUUGUGCUUCUCAAACCCUAAACAAAUCACAGCAGAACUACAUACAAGCCGAUAAAGAGGCAUACGCGAUCGUGUUCGGGGUGAAAAAGUUUUAUCAAUAUCUCUAUGGACGGAAAUUCAUCCUCGUUACCGACAAUAAAGCUGUUGCUCAAAUCAUGGCGCCUAAUAAAGGACUUCCCACCCUGAGUGCUUUGCGAAUGCAGCACUACGCUGUAUUCCUCGAAUCAUUUGAUUAUGAGGUGCGAUUCCGGCCAUCGAAGGAGAAUGCGAAUGCGGACGGAAUGUCUCGCUUGCCCAUCGAAGACGCCAGCAACAAACACCGAAUCGAGGAGGUGGAUCUUGUUGAGGUUAAUCAAAUCGAGACUUUGCCUGUCACAGUUGAAGAACUUGCAAAAUGCACCAAAGAAGACUUGAAUGUAAAAACUUUGCUGGAAGGUUUAAAAGUCGGACGAGUAGUCGAAGGCUGUGAUAGAUUCGGCGUUAAUCAGAGUGAGUUUUCGAUUCAACAAGGCUGUUUGAUGAAAGGUAUCCGAGUCUACAUUCCUCCUAAACUGCGGCAGCGUGUACUGGAAGAGUUGCACACUGGACAUUUCGGUGUGUCCAGAAUGAAAUCAUUGGCCCGAUCGUAUUGCUGGUGGGGAACUGUUGAUCGCGACAUCGAAGAUCUGUCAAGGGACUGUUGUGAAUGCGCCAGUGUAAGGAAGAAUCCUGUAAGCGUGGCUCCUCAUUGCUGGGAACAAGCUACAGAGCCAUUCCAGCGAAUUCAUGUUGAUUUUGCGGGACCGUUUCUUGGGAUGUACUUUUUCGUGAUUGUGGAUGCUUUUUCAAAGUGGCCGGAGGUUAAGAUCAUUCGUGAUAUGACUACAGAUACCACCAUCGACCGUCUGCGGGAGUAUUUCGUAACGUACGGAGUUCCAUCGGUCAUAGUUAGUGAUCGAGGAGUCCAGUUCACUUCAGACCAAUUCCGAGAAUUCGUGAGGCGAAACAAUAUCAUGCACAAAAUGGGAGCCCCAUACCACCCCGCCACGAAUGGGCAAGCUGAACGAUUCGUUCAGACCUUCAAAGAAAAGUUGAAAGCUUUGAAAUGCGAGAGAAAGGACGUUCAGUUUGAGCUCUACAAAAUCUUGAUGGCGUAUCGAAGGACGGUGCACCCAGUAACUGGAAAAUCUCCAUCGAUGUUAGUCUAUGGACGACAGAUGAAGUCCCGGCUCGAUUUGCUAGUUCCUGUGGCCGAUUUGAAGGUUUCAUCCCGCGGAGAGGAAGAGCCUGUACGGUGUUUUACGGUCAACGAAAGAGUAGCUGCGCGAGAUUUUUUGGGUGCUUCCAAGUGGCAAUUUGGUACGGUGACCGAACGACUGGGUAAGCUGCACUAUUUGAUCGAAUUGGACGAUGGCAGAAUUUGGAAGCGACACGUGGACCAGAUGCGAGCAGGUCCCGUACACCGGAAUACAGAAGCUGAAUCGGACGACGACAUUAAUGGCUACAUUCCUUCAAACAUCUCAUCCGAGAAAGAGCAGUUUCUCACAGAAACCAUGUUUGCUAAUAGUCUGAGGCAAAUCAACAGUUUUGGAAGCAAAAACGGAAAUCUUGUCGACCUCGUAUGCGUAAGCACACCGAAGCAAAUUGACAUUUUUGCUGCUCCUACGUCCCUGCUGCCUGUUGACGAUCAUCACACACCCGUUGUACUACUGAUUGAUGUGAGCGGAGACGAUUGGAUGGCUCCUGUAAGCACAUUGGAAUGCUCCGAUGCUUACGAUUUCAACAGGUGUGACUACGACCAGUUGAGACACACGCUCGCCGAAGUUGAGUGUGAUCAUCGUUUGGAAAUCGGUACUACCAAUGAUGCAGUAUCCGCUUUCUACAGCAAGCUCUGUGCAAUUUUUAACGAUUGUGUGCCUCGCAAAAGACGUGUAUUCAACUCAACCUCCAACAAACCUUGGUGGACCAGUGAGCUUCGUCAUCUUCGAAACGCGUUGAGAAAAGCACGGCGUCGCUUCUUUCUCACCAAAUCUGACAACGACCGAACUAUUCUCCGCGAGGUCGAGGGAACGUACAAGUCAAUUUUGUUAACUACAUACGAGUCCUAUAUAGAAGAUAUCCAGAACAAUUCACCAAACGAUUGCACCGUUCUACAAAAGGAUAUCAACGCCAUGCGCGUCAACAGCAAAAAAUGCAAGGUUAUAUCCUUCACCCGUAGUAAUGCUCCCGAGGAACACCAGUACAGCAUGGGCACGGAACUGCUGCCACGUCGCACCUCCAACUGCGAUCUGGGCGUUACCAUAGACGCUAAACUCACGUUCAACGACCACAUUUGA